AAGCUGCAGCCAGCUCCCGGAGGAAGGCCCCCCCGCCCUGCUCGGCCCGCCCCACCCCUCCAGCCAGCCCAGGCUGCGGGAGCAGCCCAGCAGCGCCCGGGCUGGAACAGUGGUGUGGUCUGCACCGUUCAAUGGUCUGUGGGCGCUGUGGGUGGGCCACCCCCCCUCCGGGGCAAGCGCGGGAGCCCUGGGAAUCUGGGCUCCAUCUUUCUGCGGCUGACGAUGAUGUCAUGGCUGCCCUGAGGUGGCCCAGGCCCUCCCAGCAGCCAGGUGACCUGCGGGGAGCGCCCUGCGUGGCCUGGUCCGACUACACCGAGCAGUCAGGCCCCCGGGGGAAAGCCUGCAGCCACCCCGCGUGGUCGGAAGGCGAGGAGGCCAAGGAUGGGGACAGCUCGGUGUCAUCGGGCCGCCUCUCUGGCUCCUCUGGUGGCCACGAGUCCUGCCCAUCUCCCCCCGGGCCCUGGAAGGAGAGGCCCCCCCAGGUGCUGGGGCCCCGGCGGCGGCCCAGAGAGAGCAACCCGCGGCUGGAGCAGCUGCGGGACAAGAUCCGGGCCCAGGCACAGUGGCAGGCCAGCUGCGCCUCCCUGGGCACCUCCACCCCGUCCAGCGCCUCGCGCCUCCACAGAGCCUCCAAGCCAGACCCCCGGAGGAAGGCCAGGAGGCUGACGACCGCCCCUCCAGCCCCGUGGGACGUGCUGAGGCCCAGGCCCUCCAGCAAAGGCUUCGUCGCCCUGAAUGCGGCUCAGUGUGGAGUGCAAGACAAGGCAAUCCCCGGCCAAGGGUGCGAGCCCUCCGGGGUCCCCCAGCACCCGGCCUCAGUUCCACGGGAGAAAGCCAAAAGGAUGAAAGGUAGUCCUUGCAAAAGGGAGAAGACCCCAGGAUCACCCUUCCCCAGAAGAGCCUCCAAAGACAAAGAUUCUGAGUUGGUUGGUGUUUACGCCUGGAGGAAAGGACCAGCCCUGGUGAGGGCCCUGCUUGGGCCCCCUCCCGCCCUCCCCAGGCUCCAGAGCAAGGCUCCCUCAAGAGACCAGGCCCCCACCGGGGAAUUAGGAGACAGCAAGAAAGUCGGAGCUGCCGAGGGCUCCCCCGUGUGCCCCCGGAUGCCCAGUCCAGCCUCAGUCCACGGUGACCUGCAGGUGUCUGCCAACACACCCAACCUGGCUUCCUGCGAUCAGCCCGUGACCAUCCAAAAUGCUAUGGCCGUCCUUAGAGGUCUCCGCCAGCAAGUCCAGGCCGGGCUGGAGCUGGCCCGGAACCGCCACCCCGGGGAAGGGCCAGCACCGGGGCGGUCAAAGCUGUGGCUGCAGGACCCUUCAGGGAGGAGGCAGCGGGGCCCCUGGAGCACCCCAGACGUGCGGGGCUCCUUCUCGAAGAGUCCUCAAGCAGGGGUGGAGGGGAGGCGCUCCUCCUUAGAGAAGGCUGGCAGCUUCUCCACUGGGCAUCGUUGGAGCACCCUGGCUGCGUGGGAGUCCUAUCCCCAGCUGACUGGAGCAGCCCAAGGACGGAGCCCCUCCUUCCAGAGGCCCGGGAGCCCCCCUGAGAGGCUGACCACCUUGCCUCAGCGGCCCUGGAGCACCUCGGCCAGGCAGGCCUCCAGGUCCCAGCGGACCUGGGCCACUUAUGGAGACUGGGACACCUCCGCCCGAAGACCCUGGAGCCCUUCUGGCCAGCGGUCCUGGAGCGCCUCCUUCACGCAGGGCUCUGGCAGCCCGUGCAGGGGCAGAGGCUCCCUCCUGCCACCCUCGGGAGUGGAGCACAGCUGGCUGAGGCCUGCGGGUGGUGCCCCUGGGAAGGAGAACGAGGCGCGGGUGCCGCCGCCCUGCCCAAAGCCCCGGGGGGCCCUGGGCCACCCCCACAGCGCCGAGACGCUGCGGGAGUUCAUGCGCCAGAAGACGCUGGCCCGGCGGCGGCAGGCCCUGGAGGAGAAGGCCUCGGCUGUGCGCGCGCUCGAGCUGAGAAACCAGAGGCUGCAGGAGGUCUACCGGAAGCAGCGGGAGGCCGUCCUCGGCAAAGCCGUCCCUGUGGUCUCCCAGACCACCCCCGGCAUUGUGACCUUUUUCCCGCAUUGCGCGCAGUCCAGGGGCCCGGAGGCUCCCGGGAGCCUGGGGUCGCCUGUGCUGGAGUGGAGCAAGGUGACCUCCGGCAUGGUGCAGGGGGACCAGGAGGCCCCGGGCAGCUUCUGCCUGUGUUUGAACAGAGCCUUGAAUCGCACUGAGACUCUAGAGAUGGGCGGCCCCCAGGACGGCUGGGAUGGUGCCCCCAUGCUGAUGUCCACCCGCUCCUCCCCGGGCCCCCUGAAGCUCCAGGACCUGAGCAGCCGCUCCCCGCGCCCAGGCGUGUGCAUCUACCUGGACCCCGAGGAGAGCGAGCGCCUGGGCACAUCGGGGCCGCUGCACUUCCGCUACAAGCAGGCCCGGCUACAGGCGCUGGAGACCAUGGCCAACGUCCUGAAGCAACGGAUCGACAUCCUCACGGCCAAGCUGCGUGGGUCGGAGGCUCCAGACGCUCUCGCCGACCCAGUCUCAGACCUGUCGCCCUCACACCGCAGCGCCGUGCCGGCUGCCCCCAUGCCCUCAGCUCCAGUCUGCUCUGGAGCCCUGGUGCCCAACGGGAGCAGAGGGGCCCCCUGGGACCGGGCAGACGUGCCGGCCGGGCCACUUGUCUCUCCCACGUGCUUCUUGGAUGGCAAGACGCUGCCGUGGAGCCCCGACUGGGAGCGGCGGCACAGUGUGAGCCUGAGAGGCCACCACGACAGCAAGCCCCGAGGUUUCAUUGAGGAUGGGCGUUUGGAGCUGGAUAACAGGCUGGCAAGAAACACGGCUUCCUUCCAGGCCCUCGGCCCCUUCAUUGGGAGCUCACAGUCGGGAGGGGGGUACUCCGCCUCAGGAAAGGAGACACGACAGGAGGGGAUGAGCGAGGCGGGCAGUCUGGGAGGGCUUCUUGGAGGCGGCGGCCUCCCCUGGGCUGGCCAACGCUCCCACCCAGGGAGGCUGGUCCCAGAGCAGCCUGCUCAAUCUGCCCCGCCCCAGGUGAGCGCCAACGCCGGAGCCCCGGGCCACUUCACGCUCCAGAUGCUCGAGCUGAGCCUGCGGGAGGAAGAGCUGCGCGCGCAGCACCAGACGGCGCUACUGCGCCUGCGCGAGAAAGCGCUGGAAGAGAAGAUGCGCGCCGAGCUGGCCUGGUUGGAGCAGCAGCGAGGGUGCCUGGGCAGCAAGGGGAACGCUGCGUUGCUGGAGGCCCUGGCAGAGAGACAGCGGCAGGCCCUCAGCAGCCUUGAGCAUGAGCAGAGAGAACUGCGAUGCCUGCGGAACACCCAGCUGUCCUCACACAAGGAGAGGACGCUGCUCCUGCAGCAUCAGAGGGACAUCCUUUCCCUGCGGGCAGCCGUGGCACGUCUGCAGCAGGAGUUCGAGGCCCGGACCAGGCUGCCUCAGACCUCUGGCCCUGAAGUCAAGCCCGCUCAGACGGAGGGGCCAGCGCAGGGCUCAUCGUGCCCCUCGACACCACGUGGGCCUGGCAGCUCCACCGGCCACAGCCCCUGGAGAAACCCCGAGAGCCUACGAGCCCAACACCCCCCCACCGGGCAGGAGGAUGGGACACCCCCCCAGGCCACUUCAGCUGCCGACAGUCACCAGCCGCCUGCAAGGCCUGUGUGGGGAGAGGACACGCCUGUGCUCCGCGGCUGGCCUCAUGCUGGGGGCCGGCUGGUGGAGAGCCAGAGCCCCGUGGACCAAGGAGAGCCCCAGCCCAACCCCGGCCCCUCGUCGGAGGAGAAGACCUGGCCUCUGACAGAAAGCCGUGCGCAGAAACUCGAGGACCAGCACUCCCCGGGCGAAGGGGGUCCCUGCGGCCCCCCGGAAGCCAGCCAGGCGGCUGAAGGCAGCCUAAGCCCAGCAGGGUCGGAAUUGGAGCUGGAUUUUGCCAGCCGCCCCAGGGAGCAGCGCCCCCAGAUGGAAAGCUGGUCAUCAGGGGAACAGAGGACAGAGACCUGUUGGCAGGAGGCCCCCUGUGACCCCUUCUCUCGGCCGGAAGCCGCCCGGCUGACUGCUACUCCAGCUCCCGCACCACCCAGGCGGCGUGCCGGCAGCCCCCUGGAGCUGGGUCCCGAGUCCGAGUGUGAGUCCACCCCCCAGAGCCGCUCGGGGUCCCGUGCCGCGUCCUCUGCGAGCGGGCUGUCCUGCGGCUCUCUCCAGGACUUUCAGAAAGCGUCCGCCACUCUGGUGCGGCUUUCUGGGAGCUCCACCCCCCUGUCAGGGUGGGAAGCGGGGGAGGCCCCCAACACAGACACCGGCUGGUCCGGGGAGCUCUCUCCUCAAGACUCCAGGGGCCUCCACCGGGCCGAGGGGCGGGUGGCCUGGGAGAGGCUGGAGGGCAGCGGGGCCGGUCCCCGGCUCGGCUCCUCGGCGGAGGCAGGAGGCAUGGAGCCGGGUGGAGGCCUCCUGCAGGCGGGCUGGCUGCUUCCUGUCCUGACAGCCCCCUCUUCGAGGUGGGGGUCAGAGCUGUCAGAGGCAUCCAGCGAGGUCUGGGACGAGGAGAACCUGCUGGAGCCAGGCCCUGGUGCCGAGCCGGCCUCGGGGCGCUCCUCACCUGCGGGAGGCUCCUCCCUCCUGGAAAGUGGCCGGGAGCCCUGCUCUGCACCCCCUUCUGCAAGGAGGGAGGAAGCUUCUGCAACCAGUGGGAGCCUGGUCAGUGGAUUAAAUACAGAAAGAGCCAAACAGGUGUCGCAGGGGGCUACCUCCGCGCCACCCCCACCCAAAGCCUCUUCUUCCAGUGACUUAGACCCGCCCCUUUCCUCUCCCUCGGGGUCCUCGGCGUCCGAAGCGGUGGACUUUGGCAGAGGAGGACACACUGGGCCUCUGCCGGCCUCAGCUGGCUGCCCAGAGGGGCCUGGGAAUGCUGACCUGAGUCUGUCCGAUGACAGGAAACCCCAACACACCUGGUCUGAGCCUGAGCUCCCCGUGACCCUGCGGGCUCCUCCUGAGGACCCUGGAGGUCUGGUGGCCCGGACCCCCGAGGGCUGGGCGCCUGGGUGUAGGGGGAGGGGAGACUCCCCUGCCCCAGAGGAAGCCUGCCCCACCCUGGCCAGCGGGGUCUUGCCUGAGAUCCUGUCCCCCGUGGAUGACGUGCUGUCCUACAGCAGUGCCGACCUUCCGUCCUCCACCCAUAGGGAUGUCAGCCUCCCUCUUCUGCCUUCCCCCUUCCCAGCAGAGAGCGAGGCCAACGCCAGCAGCCUCCGCUCAGAAGACUUCCCUCCCCCACCUGAAGAUGCCACGUCUCCUGGGGGCUCGCUGGGCCCCCCAGGGGAGGAUGCCUCCGUCAAAACUGGGGAGUUGCCCUCCUUGUCUGGGGAGGGCCUGCCUGAGGCACUGUCCCCGGGGCCCCAGGAGUCAGGGCUCUGCCUGGGAGCAGGUGGGCGGGGUGGAAGCCUUGGGGACAAAUUGGGUGACUUGUGUUCUGAUGGGGGAGCCCAGGCUGUGGGCAGCCAGUGUGUGGGGGCAGGUGGUGCCACAGGAGGGCUCCCACGGCUGCCAGUGCAGCCCCCAGCCCCAUCCAGAGUGGCCUACGUGGCCAGGGAGGGUCUGCCAAUGUUGUUGGCGGCUGGAAGGACAGAGCUGUCUGGCACCGGGCAGGGCGACCCGGCUCCUGCUUCGGGCACGGGCCCCUGCGCAGACGUACCCGGCGUGGAGAGAGCCGAGGUGGUGGAUUUGAUCUCCAGCCAGCUCACCAGAAGGAUCCUGUGUGACUCGCUGGCUGUGCUCUCAGAGCUGGCCCAGCCAGCGGCCCGCUGACGGCGAAGCUGGCGUGUCCCCGAGGCUGACCCGGUGUGUCCCCCAGACUGACAAGACUCCUGAGGGGACAGUGCAGGGCCCGUGGUGACACACAGACACCCGUGACUUUGCGGAGUUAUUGUGCCUGUGUGUGCCCGCAUGUGCGGGAGGCUCCGGAGGCCUGGACGCCUGAGGGCAGAGCGGCCACUCACCAUAGCCACCCGCCGCUGGCCGUGCGGCUGGUCCUCUGAUGCUAAGCCAAGGACCAGACGCUGGCGUGACGUCAAGCGCGGUGGGCUCUGCGUUCUUCCAGGCAUUGGGUCUGCUGCUUCCAUCAGGCGCCUGAAAGGGUCCCUGCUCCCCAGAGCCUAAGAGGCAGGAAGGUGAAAGGUGGUUGGGGGGAAGCCUGGGGUGGAGGUGGCCGGGGGCAGGUCUGCACCUGCUUACGCCCCCGGCACUGCUGGCUUCUGAGGCCCUGCCUGCGGGCCCGCCCAGCCGUGCCGGUGAGAGGAGCUGCCAGCUCAAGGGCCAAAGCCCACCAGCCAAGUCUCAGCCUGUCCUCCGGCGGUAGGCAGGCCGAGGCCUCCCUGAAUGCUCAGGACUCCUUCUGGAAGACACCAGAACCCUGCCCUGGUGGCCGUCCGUUGUAUGAGCGCUCGGGGACACAGGCUGUCUUCAGGGGUGUGGGUGGGGUCCUGACCCCUCAGGACUGGGUUCCUCCUGUCCAGGGCCUCGGGCUUCCGCAGCCUUAAGAUAGGAGCUCAUCCCCUUGGCUGCACUUAUGGACCUCUGGGAAGACCCAGACUUUUGUGGCUUGCAGUUUCGAUGGGAGACGUCUCCAAACCUGGCCUGGCAGAGCCCCGAGGUCAGCCUGCGUCCUCCACUUUCUAGCUCUGGAGAGGGGCCUCCUCCAGGCAGUCCUCCACCAGGCCCCCUGCUCUGGGGCAGCCGUGUGUCCGGGCCAGCCGCUGGCCAGACCCACCUUUGUCACAUGCUGGCUGGUCCUGGUUCAGGGCUUUGGGAGGCACAGCGAAGACCCUUGGUGCUGCCUUCGCCCAGCAGAGGCUUGGAUGGGGGUGGGGGGAGGUGUACACGCUCUGUAGACACAAUUUCCAAACAGGUUCUGAGCUACAGCUUUCUUAUUGAUUUCCUUCUAGUUUUCUGAACAAAUUAGUCUGUAAUUUUUUAUUUUUCUCUAUUUAUUGCUGACCCUUUUGGAUUUACGAGACCAUGUGAGAGGAAUUAUGUAUUUUACACACACGUGUUUGGCAUGGUAAUAAAUCUCCCCUCAAA